AGGGCCGGAAGCUUCCGAGGGAAACCCUGACCGGUAACCCUGAUGCGAGGGCUUCAGCCACCAGCAGAGCACAGCAGCCAGGCUCCUUUCUCAGCACCUGAGAGCAGGGGCAUUCCGGAGAAGCAGUACACGGUGGGAACUUCUCUCAAGAGGCUGACUCUCUGUUUACAAGUCCAAGGCUGACCCCUCACCAGGCGACAUGAAGGGGUGUGUGCUCCUAGUGCUCUUGGCUUUGUGCUCCGCCAAGCCCUUAUUUCACCCUUCAUAUGUGACACUGAAGAACAUGAUGCUGAAGGACAUGGAAGACGAAGGGGACAGUGACCUUGAUGCGGACAACUCUCUUUUUCCAACAAGAGAGCCAAUUAACCCCUUCUUCCCGUUCGAUCUGUUCCCAACGUGUCCAUUUGGAUGCCAGUGCUACUCGAGAGUUGUACACUGCUCUGAUCUAGGUUUGUCCUCCGUCCCAAGCAACAUUCCAUUUGAUACUCAGAUGGUUGACCUUCAAAACAAUAAAAUUAAGGAAAUCAAAGAAAAUGAUUUUAAAGGACUCACCUCACUUUAUGCUUUGAUUCUGAACAACAAUAAGCUAACAAAGAUCCACCCAAAAGCCUUUCUAACUACAAAGAAGUUGAGAAGGCUGUACCUGUCCCACAAUCAACUAAGCGAAAUACCAUUUAAUCUUCCCAAAUCGCUAGCAGAGCUCAGAAUUCAUGAUAAUAAAGUUAAGAAAAUACAAAAGGAGACAUUCAAAGGAAUGAAUACUUUACAUGUUCUAGAAAUGAGUGCAAACCCUCUCGAUAAUAAUGGGAUUGAACCGGGGGCAUUUGAAGGAGUGACAGUAUUCCAUAUCAGAAUCGCAGAAGCAAAACUGACCUCAAUUCCUAAAGAACUUCCAUCAACUUUACUGGAGCUUCAUUUAGACUAUAAUAAAAUUUCAACCGUGGAACUCGAGGAUUUUAAACGAUACAAAGACCUACAAAGGCUGGGCCUAGGAAACAACAGAAUCACUGACAUUGAAAAUGGAAGUCUUGCUAACAUACCACGAGUGAGAGAAAUACACUUGGAAAACAACAAACUAAAAAAAAUCCCUUCAGGAUUACAGGAGUUGAAAUAUCUCCAGAUAAUCUUUCUUCACUCUAAUUCAAUUACAAAAGUGGGAGUGAAUGACUUCUGCCCAACAGUACCGAAGAUGAAGAAAUCUUUAUACAGUGCGAUAAGCCUGUUCAACAACCCGGUGAGGUACUGGGAAGUGCAGCCCGCGGCUUUUCGCUGUGUUGCAGGCAGAAUGAGCGUGCAGCUCGGGAACUUCAGAAAGUAGUAAUUAGUAAUAUCCAUUUAAUAUAAAAUUUAGAAAUUAAUACAUUUGGAAUACUUGAACUCUGUUAAAAAUGGUGGUAUUAUGCAAAUCAGCAAAAAUCUAUUCCUACAUGGUAAGUCCCCUGACUUACUUUAUGACAAAAAAUUUCAACAGAAUUUUGCAAAACUGUUGCUCCAUGAGGAUCAAGAAAAACAAGCACGUACUGCAGUUUCCUUCUGUACACAAAUGAUUCUGCAUAAAUCUCAUGCUUGAACAUUCUUUUCUCAGUAACAAAAAAAUAAUACAAUCAGUAUUUAACACUUUGUUAUCAAGUGCAUUUUAAAAAGAACUGUACUGUAAAUGGAAUGCUUGACUUAGCAAAAUCUGUGCUCUUUCAUUUGCUGUUAGCAAACCAAAAUUGACAAGAAUGGCUUCAUGGAGGGCACAUUAUACUAUUCUUAAACUGUCUUUAAUAACUUGGGUGGUACUGUAAUGUUUCUAUUAAUGCUGAAGUAUGGCUUUAUAUAAUCUUAUUCAAAUUCCCAUAUUUUAGAGGCUUACUGUCUAUAUGUUUAAACUAACUCCUUAUAAUAAAGCCUUUAGUGUUUAUUAUCAA